CCGUCCUCUUUUUUGAAAGCGGCUGACGAACCGUCUGUAAAGGGCGUGGAAAAUUUAGAGAACCGCCAUUCCUCUCUUGGGGAUUCUUAUUGGAGGAAGAAGUACGCCAAGCUGAAAAGGACUCACGAAAAGGCGCUUAGGGAGCGUGAUUUACAGCUAGCGGAGGUACAACAUCUUGUCUAUCAGAUUCACGAGGAGCAUGAUGAGCUGCGACAUCGCCAUGAGCGAGAUUCUCUGCAACGACAACUGGAGAUUGAGUCAAGGAGUCGGAUGUCACUAGAGGAAAAGACGAAGUCCCUUGAAGAAGAGGUAUUAGUGUGGCGACAGCGUUUUUUGCGUUUUGUAGGAGAGCCGGCACACAUGCCGAAUCAUGUAGUGGCAUCAGAAGUGGCGCCAACACUCGGCGAUACUUGUGAUGGCGGAAAUUUCUCAUCUCCUCCGGAUGGCUUGAACCAGACAGAUCGCUCCUUCGUGUGUCCAGAGAGUGCACUUGCUUCCAUGAUAGACGCUGAUGCCUUUCCGCAGGGUGCAAAUGCCUUAAAUAGCACUCGUUAUGGCAACGCUCUGGAGAGAAAGAAGAAUGAUGUGGAGCAUUCUUAUUUGCAGCAUUGGCGAAAACAAAAGAGAGAAGAUGUAAAUACGUUUGAGUCUCAUGGAAUUCAGAAUAACUUUCAGCGGCCUUUUGCUAGAAUGAGCAGGCACUCUGUUGCUGUCCAGGUGGGACCAUCCACAGCAGCUGCAGCCUCUCAGACAGAGACAUGUAGUCAAAAGUCCGUAGGGACGUUAGUGGAGUUUGGCAUUCAAAACAACAACGCAAAUCCGGGUCUGUUGCACUUUACGGGGGAGCCAAAACUGACGCCGGAUGCAAGAAAGAAAGUUUUGGUCACUUUUGAUAGAAAUAUAGAAGAUCUGCCAAAAUCUCAUUUUCAAGAAAAGUCAACGAGUUCGCUUUCAUCCUUUUCACCGGGGCAUUUUGAUCAGAAGAGUCUGCAGGACCACGUGUAUUACAUGGUGAAUCAGGUGCACGGGAGAGGCAGCCGUCAUCGAACAUCUUCUGUGCCUUCAUGUAGGCAGCCGGAGGAAUUACAUCCACCCUCUACCUCUUUUGUUUUUCCUAUGGCUUCUCCUUCUGCUUCUAUGGCGGGACGUGGAAUCUCUAUUGACGGUGAUCAGGCAAAACGAAAUCGUCUUGAGGAAGAUAUUCGUAAACACGAUCAACUUUUAGAAGCUGUAGCGAAACUGCAGCGACGAGCGCAGCGUUUUGCCAAGACACCGUCCAUUUAA